AUCGCUUGUUAUGGGCCUUGUGGCUCAACCCAACCCAACCCAACCCAACCUAACCCAACCCAACAACUCCGUCGUUGUCUCAUAUUAUUGUGCAACCCUAACUGUCAAGUUUGGCCCCUGCGACGAGCGACUGAGUAGAGUAGAGGGUCUAUACAGGAGGAUGAAGUUCAAUAUAGCGAAUCCAACCACUGGGUGCCAGAAAAAGCUCGAAAUCGAUGAUGACCAGAAACUCCGUGCCUUCUUUGACAAGAGGAUCUCACAGGAGGUCAGUGGUGAUUCCCUUGGUGAGGAGUUUAAGGGUUAUGUUUUUAAGAUCAUGGGUGGCUGUGACAAGCAAGGAUUCCCCAUGAAACAGGGAGUGCUGACUCCUGGUCGUGUUCGUCUCUUGCUUCAUAGAGGCACUCCGUGCUUUCGUGGUCAUGGAAGGCGCAAGGGAGAGAGAAGGAGGAAGUCUGUUCGUGGGUGCAUUGUCAGCCAAGACCUCUCUGUUCUGAACUUGGUUAUUGUGAAGAAGGGUGAGAGUGAUCUACCUGGAUUGACUGAUAUUGAGAAACCCAGGAUGAGAGGUCCAAAGAGGGCAUCAAAGAUUCGGAAGCUGUUCAACCUCUCCAAGGAGGACGAUGUCCGGAAAUAUGUCAACACUUACCGCCGAACCUUUACUACAAAAUCAGGAAAGAAGUGCAGCAAGGCUCCAAAGAUACAGCGACUGGUAACUCCACUGACUCUGCAGAGGAAGCGAGCUAGGAUUGCAGAGAAGAAGAAGAGAAUUGCAAAGGCCAAGGAAGAGGCAGCCGAGUACCACAAACUCCUCGCCACCAGGUUGAAGGAGCAGCGUGAGCGACGCAGUGAGAGCCUGGCAAAGAGGAGAUCCAAGCUUUCUGCUGCAUCCAAGCCAUCAGUCGCUGCAUAAACAGGUUUUAGGGCUCGAAGUGAAAUGAUCAUGCACUCGCUUCAUUUUUGGUAGUUUAUCAAUAACUGCCUGAGUUUUGGUAGUUCAGAGAUAUGGUUUUUUGUUUUAGAUGCUGAGAGAAGUUUUUGAUUUGGGUAUUUGUUGUUUUGGUUUCUUAAUUUGCUAUGGGAAUAAGUUUUAGGUUUGGCAAGAUGAUAUCUGAUGAGUAAUAAUACACCACAAAGGUUGGACAUGUGGUUUUUGCUUUAA